CUCGAGGAAGCAGCAACAAUAACAAAUAUCAACCUAAGGGGCAUCUUGGUUGGCGGCGCUGCCAGCGGCGCAGGAGUAGCAGCAGCAGCGGCUGGCGGUGCGACGACGACGACCGUCGCCGGCUUCGCGGCUGGUGGGGAUUGCCCUGUGAUCGGCGCCGGUGCUGGCGCUGGCGUCAAGCUGCGCAGGCACAGCGAUCGUCCCCUUACGCCGGAGGCCAAGCAGCUCUCCCACACAUACCGCAUUUCGAUGGCUAACCUGGAGGAUUCGCAGGAAUCGGAGCUGGACCAGAUCCUGGGCGAGCUGAGUCUGCUGGAGGCGCAAAUCAGCUACACCGAGGCGUCAAUGCUGCCCGCCAUGUGUGCUCCAAGUGCCGGCGUACAGAUAGCACCGCCACCUGGAGUGGCCCAGCUGCCAGGCAGUGCUCCGUCGAUGGUCUCCAUGUCGGCAGCAUCCUCGCGCUCCCACUCACGCACCAACAGCACAAUCUCAGCGGACGUGAGCAGCUGCUCGUCGUCCGGGAUCUCGGAGAAUGGACACGGACUAGGACUUGGCGGGCCUGGGUCGGCCGGAAUGAUGGUGCAGCCACCGCCACCGGGCGGCAUGACCAUGGGAAUAACGCUGGGCGUUGUCACACCCCGGGAACCGCGCACUGAGUCGCCAGACAAUGACUCCGCUUUCAGCGACACGGUUUCGCUGCUGUCCAGUGAGUCGUCGGCCUCCUCAAACACAUCCCUGCAGCAGCAGCAGCAACAGCAGCAGCAAAAGCAACAGCUCGCCGGCGCGGAGAAACUACUCCACGGCGUUCAUGGCCAGCACGGUGGCCAGCAGAGUGGCGCUAACAACAUCACGAAGGCGGACAAGAUCCAGUUGGCACUGCAUAAGCUGGAAAGCGCCCCCAUUCGGCGUCUGUUUGUCAAGGCCUUCACCUCCGACGGUGCAUCCAAGUCGCUGUUGGUGGAUGAGCGCAUGGGCUGCGGCCAUGUAACACGCCUUUUGGCCGAUAAAAACCACGUGCAAAUGCAGUCCAACUGGGCGUUGGUCGAGCAUUUGGGCGAUCUGCAGAUGGAACGCCUCUUUGAGGACCACGAGCUGCUGGUGGACAACCUGAUAACGUGGCACUCCGACGCCGGCAAUCGAGUGCUCUUUCAACAGCGACCGGACAAGGUGACGCUGUUCCUGCGGCCGGAGCUCUACUUACCCGGACCCCAAAUGGCGCCCGGAUGCCAGCACGACGAGCAAACGCGGCAGAUGCUGCUGGACGAGUUCUUCGAUUCGCACAACCAGCUGCAGAUGGACGGACCGCUUUACAUGAAGGCGGACCCGAAGAAGGGCUGGAAGCGAUAUCACUUCGUGUUGCGCUCCUCAGGCCUCUAUUACUUCCCCAAGGAGAAGACCAAGAACACGCGCGACCUGGCAUGCCUAAAUCUAUUUCACGGCCACAACGUGUACACUGGAUUGGGCUGGCGCAAGAAGUGGAAGUCCCCGACUGACUACACCUUCGGCUUCAAGGCGGUGGCGGACUCAACGCUGGGCAAGUCGUGCCGCUCCCUCAAGAUGCUCUGCGCCGAGGACCUACCGACGCUGGACCGCUGGCUGACGGCCAUCCGUGUCUGCAAGUACGGCAAGCAGCUGUGGGACAGUCACAAAUCGCUGCUCGAGGAUCUCUGCCUGAGCCGCGACGAUGCCGUCUCUCAGUCGAGCUUUGCCGUAUCCAUGCGCAGCGAGUCCAUCUCGAGCAUCUCCUCGGCGGUUCCGUCACAGUGCGGCAGCGUUUCCUCGGCCAUCAGCAGCAUGUCCAAUUCGACUAGCGGCCGCACAUCGCGUGCCUCCAGCAGCAGCUCCAGUGGCUGCCUCUCGGACGACAACAACGCUUUCGACUCCGAGUUCACCACUGGCACCAUUAAGCGCAAGCCCUCGAUGAAGCCCAAUCUCCCGCUGACCACGAUGACACGCCAGCUGAAAGAGGUGGGCGAGAUCACCAUAUGCGAGAGCGCAGGUGGCGAUGCCAGUUCCCCGGAGCGCAGUGGUACUCUAACGCGUCGCCACAGUCGUCGCAAAUCGCAGGAGAGCAACGGCAGUGGCACGCUUAAGCGCCGCCCUAUUGCCGUGCCGGUGGCCACUGUCGUCAAGCAGACGGAGCCAAUGGGCAGUGCCUCGUCCACCUCGUCCAGCAGCAACUCUACGCCGACGCCCACACCUAGCAUAUGCGCCAAACCGCCGCCAGGCGAUUCGGCCUCGCUGAUGUGUUCGUCUACGCUGUCUUUGGAUUCGCUGCCCCCGCCCCCUCCGCCACCCGCUUUAGAUGGGUCAGAGGACCAGGAUGUGUACGGGUCACAGCUGUCGCUGGCCUCACUGCCACCACCGCCUCCGCCCGAGGAUGUACUGGCCAUGAGCUAUGCAGAACCCUCCAGUCCGUCUACUCCCACACCAAUGAGCACUCCAAUGAUAAUGCCCAACAGCAACGGGUCGUUGCCCCCGGCAGUGCCGGCCAAGCCCAUGAAGCCAGCAGUGAAGCAGGCGGCGGGCGGUCUCAAGGCCGCGCCACCAUACAAAGCGCCGCCGGAUUAUGUGGGUCCCGCCCUGCUGCCCGGACCGCCUUUGCCGCCGCCGCCUCCCGCCCAGAAAAAGGUCUCGUUUGCAGACUCUCCGGUGCUGUUGCGUCGCAAGAUGUGCUCACCGGAACCUGUGCUGCCCCAGCGAUCGCCCAGCACCACGCUCAGCUGUCAUUCCAGCUCCAGCGCGGGAUCGGCCUACCAGACCUAUGCCCCCGGGCCUAUGCUGCCACCGCGUGCGGAUGUGGCGCGCCUGUCUAGCCUGAGCAAUGGCAGCAGCAGCGAGGUGACCUCGCCAAAGCGCCUGCAGGAGUCGGCCUCGAAUCCGCCCCGCGACUUCCUAAAGGAUCUGCAGCGCGUGAUGCGCAAGAAAUGGCAGGUGGCGCAAAAGUGCAAGGCGGAGCCAGCAACGACGCCGCAUGAGGUCCUGGGCUUCCGGGACUUUAGCAACGAGGACCUUCUGGCCGCCCACAAUCUCAACUCCGGUGCCAACUCCUCGCACUACUACCGCGAGACGGCCAACGUGAGCCACUGGGUGAGGAAGCACUACGAGUAUGCCCACAACGCACUCUACGAGAACGUGCACGCGCAGGCGGCGGCGGGAGUGCCCAGUGGAGAAGCCACCACGCCUCCACUCCCACCUCCACCUAGUAAUUCAAUGGCAGCUAAAAAACGUCCGCCGCCGCCGCCUCCGAAGCGGAGCGAUAAGACGCACCUGACCAAUCGGGUGUAAUGGCAUCUGAGUGAACCCGCUCACUUACUGAGAUCCUCGUUCUAAAAAGGAUGGAUUUUCGUGCAUGAUCACAGUUUCUAAAAGAAAGCAGAGAAAAGAAUCUUACAAAUUCCUAUUUAAGUCUAGGCGACAGCAGAGCGAGAUGGAAAACCACUAAUUAAAACCUACAUAUAUAUUUUCUAAGAAUAUGCUAUGGCCACGCCCUUUUCUCUUACAAAAGUAUUACACAUAAUAGAGAAUCAAACUGUUGAACUUCUUCGCAGUUCGGAGUCAAAUCACGUCAAAAGUGUCAACAGGAAAGAUUUUAAAAUUUCUGCUAGAAGCCAAAAACGUCCAAAAAGGACCUUCUUGCUGUUAAUCGCAUAUUUAAAUUCAAGAUGUGUCUUUUAUCUUUUUUAAAAUUAGUCUAAGGAAUAUUUUAUCAAAAGUUUCAAGUAUCUCCAUUACAUAUUUUUUUUGUUAGCGCUGUUGACUUGGUUUGAUUCAUUAUACAUACUUAUAUAUUUUCAUUUUGAAAAUCGAAAAAAAAAUCUGCGGUACUCACCAGCAAAAUUAAAUGCAAAAUGCAAAAAAGGAAUUCUGGCAUUAGCAAAAAUAUUUAAAAUACAUUUUAGUUUGUAAAAAGAAGAAAUGCAUUUUAGAAACGAUAGUGCAUUAUUUAAGCAACACUAAAUUAGCGCUAGAUAAGUGUACAAUAUUUUUAUAUAUACAUGCACUCUUUUAAUUGUUUAGUUGCUCGUAGUAUUGAUUUUAUAUAUUUUUUUUGCGAUAAUCUUUGUAACGGUAGAGUGAACGUUUUGUAAGCGCAUGAAAUGCGCUGCGCUAGCAAAAGGAAAUGCCUUAUAAAGCAUAUAAACCUAAAAAGGGGAAGCCCUGCAUAAACACCUAAUAUACAUAAAUACACACAUAUGUAUAUGUGUUGAUCUAUCCAAAUGAUUUGCUGUUUAAAGCGAUACUAUUCUCCUUUUCGAAAUUUGUAAUACCACUUUGAUUGUUCAAUUUAAGAAACCAAAUGCUUAGUUUCAAAAAGAUUUGUCAAGUUCCUCAAUAGUGUUAAUGUUGUAUUUCUCUUUGUGCUUAGAAAACAACGCAGAUAAAGGAUAAAGCAGACAGAUCAGCCAUAAAAUACAAUUUAUAUGUGCAAAUCAAACUAUUUAUAUUGAAGGCAAUAAGAGAAAAUGGAACUAUUUCUGUACACAAAUCAAAUAUGUAUUCAUAUAGUAAUUGUAAUUGUAAUAAUAUAUAUAAAUUAAUAUUUGGCUACAUUUCGUUUGCGAAUCUUGUUUCUCAACAUAUAAUUUUUGAAGCGUUCCUAUAGGUUCAAUUUUUAUAUGAAAAUAUUAACAACGUUCGCCGAAGCUUAAUGGCUUUUGAUUCUAUAUAAUCGAUGCAAUGGUCGAACAAGUUUGUUUAGCGAUUCUGUAUUGAUUGUAAUUUGUAAUUGUUUUUGUGUAGUAACUCGUUUGCCAUUUGUUUUGUGUGUAUGUUUGUGUACAGCCAGAAACAGCCAUAUAUAUUCAUAAAAAUAUAGGCCCAUAUAUGUACGUGCAUGUACGCAUUUGUGUCUGGUACGCCAAGAAUAUCAGCUUAAGUGUCGUUGCUGCAUUUAUUGCAGCAUGUAGGCAAGUCUGUAUGAUUCUAUAUGAAGUUUUGUUACGUUUAUACCGGCUUGUGUGCUGCGAUCAAUUAGUGAUCGAAUCCAUUGACUAAACUUCAACUUCGCCUUCUCUAUCCAGCCAUCCUAAAAGUGUUCGGACUCCAGUCCCCAGAUACCCUGCAUCAGCUAGAUAAGCCUGCUUUUGUUGCCCAUCCUGUGUCACCAUCCCUACAUGAAUAUAUGAAACGUUCGUAUUUGAAUACAAGAAUCUUACUUGGGUUUAUUAUGGUGAAAUUGCAUUUUACUUUCCUACGUAUACAACACUAAAGGGUAUUAUGCAUAUAGAUCUAGAUAUAAACAUACUUAAAUAAAGGAAAUGCCAAUUUUUUAAAGCUUGAAUUUAUAUGAACAUAUUUUUUAGAAACUAUACGCUGUAUGUAUAUCUAUAUAUAUAAA